CCCGCGCCGCUCUGCCCGCACGGAGCCGCCGCUCUCCGCGCGGGGCGGGGGCCCCGGGCCCGUCCCGCCCCGUCUCGCCCCCGUCACCAGGCGAUGCUGCGGCCAAGAUGGCGCCGGGCGUCGAGUAAGCGCGAGUGGGGAUAGCGGCUCCGCUCCCGGCGCUCUCCCCACCUCGGGCAGGGGCGGGCGCAGGGAUGAGGCGCGUUCCCGGUCCCGGCUGGUCGUCGUGAGGGGCGCGGGCAGGCAGACACCAUGGCGGGGAUUAUCAAGAAGCAGAUCCUGAAGCAUCUCUCCAGCGAUCCCAGCUGGCUCUGGUGGAGAUUGGUUUGCUGUGAAUAUCCUUACUACCAAAAUGAGUACCAGAAGCUUCUCAGAAGCCGUGGCAACUGACCACUUGCUUUCACCAGGAAUAGGGGCCUUAUGUCUGAAUACCUUGCCCUCAGGUUCACCAAAAAUCUGUCGCCUGACAAGAUCAACCUGAGCACGUUAAAGGGGGAAGGUCAGCUGACCAAUUUAGAGUUGGAUCAAGAGGUGCUCCAGAACAUGCUGGAUCUUCCAACAUGGCUGGCUAUAAACAAGGUGUUUUGUAAUAAAGCAUCCAUUAGGAUACCAUGGACAAAAUUGAAAACACAUCCCAUCUCUUUGUCCUUGGAUAAAGUUGUAAUGGAAAUGAGCACAUGUGAAGAGCCACGUGCCCCUAAUGGACCCUCUCCAAUAGCAACUGCAUCUGGGCAGAGUGAAUAUGGCUUUGCUGAAAAAGUGGUAGAAGGCAUUUCAGUUUCUGUGAACUCCAUCAUAAUAAGGAUUGGUGCAAAAGCCUUUAAUGCUUCAUUUGAACUUUCCCAGCUGAGAAUAUAUAGUGUAAAUGCAAACUGGGAACAUGCUGACCUUAGAUUUACCAGAAUACAAGAAGCUCAACGUGGAGAGGUCUUGACUUUUAAAGAAAUCAACUGGCAGAUGAUCAGAAUAGAAGCUGAUGCAAUCCAGAGUUCUAAGCAUGAAAUAAUGAGUGCUCCAGUUCGACUGAUUACUAACCAAUCAAAAAUUAGGGUCACGCUUAAAAGAAGGUUAAAAGACUGUAAUGUUGUGGCAUCCAAACUGGUUCUGAUUCUGGAUGAUUUGCUGUGGGUUUUGACUGAUUCCCAAUUGAAAGCCAUGGUGCAGUAUGCCAAAUCUCUUAGUGAAGCCAUAGAGAAAUCAGCAGAACAGAGGAAAAGCUUGGCUUCUGAAACAGCCCAGAGCUCUGCCCCUGCACCCAGUUCCCAGCAGGUGAAAACGCACCAGACAACAGCAGCGCCUGAUCAAAACGAUGCAAUAGUAAAAUUGUUUAAUGAUUUUGAUGUUAAGGAAACUUCUUAUCACUUAGUAAUUUCCCACUUGGAUCUACAUAUAUGUGAUGAUAUCCACUCUAAAGAGAAAGACCCAAACAGACGUGUUACAGGAGGGGCCAUGCAGCUUUCCUUCAGCUAUUUAACAGUGGAUUAUUAUCCAUUUCACAAAGCAGGAGACAGCUGUGAUCACUGGAUGCAUUACAGUGAUGCCACUAAAACCAGAAGUGGAUGGGCCAAAGAAUUAUUAAAUGAAUUCAAAAGCAAUGUUGAAUUGCUUAAGCAGGCUGUGAAGGAUCAGGUCAUAGAUUCUCCUCCUAAAUCACCACCUGCUGUAUCUCCUCAGAACCUACAAACAGGCAAGGAACAGAUGCCAAAAGGAACAUCUAGGGCUUCCUCUGUAUCUUCCCAACAACCAAAGGGCAAACUGAUGUCUAGUCCUAUUGUGGUUAGACUUGCAGACUUCAAUAUAUAUCAGGUUUCAACAGCAGACCAGUGUCGUUCUUCCCCUAAAGCUCUGAUUUCUUGCAAUAAAAAGUCACUUUAUCUUCCACCAGAAAUGCCAGCUAUUCAUAUUGAAUUCACUGAAUAUUACUACCCAGAUGGAAAGGACUUUCCUAUUCCAUGUCCAAAUUUGUAUGGCCAGCUGAAUGCUUUGCAGUUCACUCUGGAUCAAAGAAGUAUUCUUUGGCUAAACCAGUUUGUGUUGGAUUUGAAACAGAGUCUUAUUCAGUUCAUGGCCAUGUACAAGUUAAAUGACAAUUCAAAAUCAGAUGAACAUGUUGAUGUGAGAGUGGAUGGACUAAUGUUAAAGAUCAUCAUCCCAUUUGAAAACAAACCUGAAAUUCAUAAAGAUCAACCUCGUGCAAUUUCCAUUCAAAGUUCAGAGAUGAUUGCUACGAAUACCAGAUGCUCCCCAAACUGCAGACACUCUGAUCUAGAAGCUUUGUUUCAGAACUUCAAGGACUCAGAAUUUUUCAGUAGAAAUUUCACCACUUUUCCUAAGUCCCCCAAAAAUUUUAAUCUUUUACAUCCAAUCUUCCAGAGACAUGCUCAUGAACAAGAUACCAAAAUGCAUGAUGUUUAUAAGGGUUAUAUCAUUCCAGAAUUGAAUAAAUAUGCAUUAAAGACAUCUGCAGCUACUGAUGUUUGGGCCAUGCAUUUUUCCCAGUUUUGGAUAGAUUACGAAGGAACGAAAAGUGGGAAAGGCCGGCCAGUAAGCUUUGUGGACUCUUUCCCACUUUCACUUUGGAUUUGUCAGCCAAUACGAUUUGCAAAGUCACAAAAAGAGCUUGUAUCCCGUAAUCAGACAGCCUUGAACAUUCCAAAAAGUGAAUCUAGUGAUCUCUCUAAUAGAUUGCAACGUAAGAAACUUCUAAAGGAGUAUUACAGCAGUGAGACAGAGCCUUCAACCAAUGGCAUUCAAAUGUCUGAGACCUCAGUGCUUUCUGAAAGCUCUUCCUCUGAUGCAGAUGUACAUGUUCUUGUCCAUGUUCAGAAACAUGUAAGCGUGCAGAUCAAUCACUACCAGUAUCUUUUUUUGCUGUUUCUCCAUGAAUCUCUUGUAUUGCUCCUGGAAAACUUAAGGAAGGACGUAGAGGCAGUGACAGGAAAACCUGCAAAGCAAACAGAUGUCUGCAUUGGGAUUCUACUGAAAACUGCAGAAGUAGCCUUACUGCUCCAUCCAGUGACUCAGGGAAACCCUUGUAAAUCUCCUGUUGAGGAAGAAGGAAGUACUAUGGCAUCAGAACUCUCCCCUGUGGGAAAUGGGGAAACUCUUACUUCAGAGAGUAAAUUAGUUGGUAGCAAGAUAGUGGAAGCCAGUAUUACUAAUUUUGGUUAUGUAAAUGACUGCAAGCCUCUGAAUGCUGAAGUUAAUAAAGGAAUUUUAAUAGAUCCUCUUUUGUUUAAAUCAGACAGUAAUACGGAUUUUCAGAAAGCAAUGUCAUUUUCUGAUGAUGCAUCAGAAAAAGGUUUGGGAGAUACGAGUGAAGGAGGAAGCAGUGGACUUUUUAGUAGAAGUGAUUCUGAAGAGGUCUGUGGACCUCUAAGUGAGAAAAGUAGUUUGAAUCCUAGGGAUUUGGUGUCCAUUCUAAAUAAGAGAGAAGAUUCUACUGAAUUUUUCAUUGAUAAAGAGGAUGACAGAAACAUAUCCUCAAAUAAGUUAAAUGAACAGGAGGGCACAACUGAAGGCUGUCCUGACCAAGUCGCUGACUUGGAAACAGAAACUGCCUUAGAGUCUGAAGAGCUUGAAAUCAACAAAGACAAAGUGGCUUCAGUUAAAAUGUUUGCAUCCCAGUCUUCUUCAAGUGCUAAGCCCAAGGAACGCUGCUCGUCCAACCUCCCUGCAUUCUCUGUUUCUUACAAAAAUAUGAAGAGAAGUCCAUCACAAGUCUCUCUGGAUACCAUCUCUAUUGAUAGUAUGAUGCUAGAGGAUCAUUUGAUAGAGAGUGAUGGAAGUGAUAGUCAAAGCUUUCUGGAGAAAGGUAUUACAGCCACAAACUAUCAAAGUCCAUCAGAAAAUGUCCAUGAAGGAGGCACAGUGAUGGAAAAUUGUGAUGGGUCAUCUCCAGAUGCCAUGAGUGCUGCUUCAGAAAAUGCCCAUGAGACUAGUGAAGAAAUGAUGUCUGUUGUGGUUUUUCAAGUAUUUGGUAUUAAUGGUGAAAUUGACAUCAGAGGAGAAGACACAGAAAUAUGCUUACAGGUCAACCAAGUGAUACCAAACCAGCUAGGAAAUAUUGGUGUUCGACAAUAUCUGUGCAACAGAACUGUUGGUUCUGACUGUAAAUCUGUGGCUGGACCUGUUAAUUCAUCACCUGAGAUUAGUCUGAGAUGGGAAAGCGGGCCUAGUGCUGUUGUACAUUCCCUGCUAGCUGUAAAAAAUGGGUUUCUUCAGUGUCAUGUGGAGAACUUCAGUGCUGAAUUUCUAACAUCUUCUCUCACAAACAUUCAGCAUUUUCUAGAAGAUGAAACUGUCGCAGAAGUGAUGCCUAUGAAGAUAAAAGUUUCUAAUGCAAGGAUUAAUUUAAAAGAUGACAGUCCACGUGAAAAUCUUAAGGCAUCUGAGCUGGUACCCAUAAAACUGCAUAUUGACAUACUCUGGAUAGAAAGAAAUGAUGAUGGCACUUUUCUCAUUAGAGACAAUCAAAAAGUAAAUGAUGUGUCAAAGAUGAAGAAUUUAAGCAGAACAUUGCAGCAAGCAGUGGGAUCUGUUGAAUGUAAAACACAGGACCAAGCCACGCAAACUACUUGGGAGACACCCAGACCUUCUAAAUCAAGCAGGCAUUCAUCUGACUUCCUUAAAAAUGAGCUUAUUGAAGAAAAUGAAUGUCUCAAACAGGAACUAGCCAAAGCCAAAAUGGCUCUUGCUGAGGUCCAAAUGGAAAAAGAUGCCCUGCUUCAUCGCAUGAAGAGGAUGAAUGUUGAUCAUCAGUAGGACACUGUUCUGUUUGUUCAAAGCAUCAUCAUCAUCAUAACUGCAGGUGGUGGUGGCACCUAAAAUACUGUCUGCAAAUCACUUGAAAAUGUGGUUAUUUUUUUGCUUACAGACAGUUUUCUCAUUACAAAAAAAAAAAAUGUUUGUGAACCAGGUACUCUUCUGAAAUUAUCAUUACACAUUGUAACUUUUCUCAGCCCAUUUUAAACUGAAAUGACUUUGGAAAAA